AUGCCCUACACUGCGCCGUUGAAGCCGUUGCUCUCCGCGCAGCAUAUUGAAUACUCAGAUCACCGUGAGCGACCUAACGUGAGUCGCUCCGCCUCGGGACGUCUGCAGAACUCCCGAUCCUAUUCCUCCACAUCAUACACUCGUCGGCAUCGGAGGAGCCCUUCGGUCAACACCAAGACCGUGCAUUCUGCAUCAGAACCCACGUCCCGCGCCUCUCCCUCCAUCGACCCACAUGCCAGCCUCCGUCAGUCCCCGCCACCAUUGAACAAUGCCAUCAUUCCCCCGGGGGCGGUAAUUUCGCCUCCUGAAUCUGCCCCCAACUCAAGUGAUGAGGAGUCCACAUACAGGGGUGAGAGUAUCAAGUUGGGCGAGCUCGAGGCUGCCGUCCGAUCAAUCAAGCUAAGGAGGGAGAGCUCUCCAGAGAGAAUGGGCCCAGAGCAGCAAGUAGAGGCAAAGCCCUCAUCAAGCGUGCCGAUGACUCCCGAGUCAAAGCCCUCCAAGCCGGCUCAUCCGCCAUUGUGUAAAGAAGCUCGGAAGAUGACACACUCUCGAUCGUCCACUGAAACCGCCAUUGACCUCAGCCGGGAAGAAGCCUUGACGAGCUCCCCCGAUGACAGUGACGCUGAGAUGUCGCCCAAGCCCCCGAUGGUCCGGAAGAAGUCUGGUGAAUUGGUUCGCCCGGCUCUUCGGCCCGCGUCGGCACGGAGACGUCCAUCUAGUAUGCCUGGCACUCCGGUGUACUCCAAGGCCGUUCACUUCGAUUCCAAGUUGGAACAUAUUCGUCAUUUCCUGCAGCUCGACCGCCCUCUCGCUGUGAGUACGGAGACUUCCCCUGUGGAUAGCCACGAUACCGAGAGCGAAUUCCCAUUUGGUCAUAGUGCCGGGUCGAAAGGUCCGUCUUGGGAUUGGGAGCUUCGGCUCUCGAAUUGGCCCAAGGAUGUGUCGUCGCACGCCCCGGUUCGUCUGGAACGUUUGUUCUUGUCAGCUGAUAAGACCACUUUGAUCGGAACUGUGGCUGUGGCCAACCUUGCUUUCCAGAAGUAUGUGACUGCUCGGUUCACCCUGGAUUAUUGGAGGACGACUUCGGAAGUGGGAGCAACCUUCUGUCACGAUGUUCGACGCCAGCAGGCUAUGGAUGGAUACGACCGCUUCUCGUUCGACAUCAAGUUGAAGGAUCAGGCCAACCUGGAGUCCAAGACCAUGUUCAUGUGCAUCCGCUAUAACGUGGAUGGUCAGGAAUACUGGGACAACAACAAUGCCAUGAACUAUCAGGUCGACUUCCACAAGGUUCCCAGGGCGUCCCCGACCAAGCCCGCUGGUUCGUCUCGUCCUGCUCUCCCACGUAGCCGAUCGUUCACCAGUACCCACACCAUCCGUCCCCACUCAAUGCCAUCGACCUAUGACUUCGCCGACCUGGGCGACAAAGUCUCAUUCUCGGAUCCCUUCGACGGGGCCGAUGGCGCUCCUUUGACUCGGACCGCCUCGGAUGAGAUUGACACGGUCGCACCGCCCAAGCGCCGCGAGAACACCAACCGUCAAGCAUUCGGCAACCGAUACGACUUCGGAGCGUCCUUGUCUGCAGCCAUGCGGACCAAGUCACCAUUGGAUCGGACUGCCCUCUCUGCUCGUGCGAAGUCCGGAGAGAACGUUGAGUCGAAGCCGACCAAGAAAGCUGGUUUUGAGCAAGCCCAUGCUCCUGCAGUGAGCGAUACCGUCCGCACCGGUCGUGUGGAAGAUCUGAAACCUUCCUCUCUGGUAUCUAGCAAGCCGCGCCUCGAGUCUUCCAAUUAUCAGGAACUGGUCGAUAAAUAUUGCUUCUUUGGCUCCGCUCCACAAGCACCAACCCCAAAGCCAGCCUUGAGCGCUAGGGAGGGUGAGGCCCCGAAACAUAUCGUUGUGGCAGCGUGCCUUUCACCGCCACUUUCACCUCGCUCUCCUGCGCCUAUCAAGGCUCCUGUGAUUGAGGCUCCUCGUGAGCGCUCUCACAGUCCCCGUACCUCCCCACGACCCUCGCCGUCUCCAAUGGCAUUCCACUAUUCUUUUCAACGCGGUUUCAUGAAUGACCCUCACUCAUCGACCGUGAUUAGAGGACAAUCUGGGAGUUCUUGUAUGGAUAUGGACAGAUCCGUUGACUCGUUUUCGAUUCCUUUUACCAACACGCCUAUUGGCGCCCUUUGA